UGAAUAAUGUUGAAGAUGAUUGGUUCAACUGAAGUAGGUGUGAAGAAAGAGAUGCAUAUAAGACACAAAUAUUGCUUCAUUUUUAAGGGUUUGGAAGCUUUUGUUCUUUUUCAUUGGAUCCUCAGACACCAAGAGGAAAGCUCCAGAAUGAUGAAACUCUGUUUUCUCCUUGUGCUGCUCCUCCUGGACACGAGCUCAGCUUAUACGUAUAAAAAUGUGGCCUUGCGUGGAAAAGCGACUCAGUCAGCACGUUAUGUGCACACAUUCGGAGCGGCUUACAACGCCAUUGAUGGAAACAGUGAAUCUGACUUCCAUGCCGGAUCGUGCACCCACACUGCUGAACAGACCAACCCCUGGUGGAGAGUGGACCUGCUGGAGCCCUACAUUGUCACCUCCAUCACCAUCACCAACAGAGGAGACUGCUGUGCAGAAAGGCUCGACGGACUGCAGAUUCACAUCGGCAACUCUUUACAAAACAAUAGUUUGGAAAACACAGUGGUCGGAACAAUCGCAAAAAUUGGUGUCGCCAAAUCGUUCAAUCUGCCUUUAAGCGAUCGUCCGGAGGGACGUUAUGUGACUUUGGUUCUACCGGGUUCCAAAAGGAUUCUUACACUCUGUGAAGUCGAAGUCUACGGGUACCGUGCCCCAACCUCAGAGAACCUGGCUCUCCAAGGAAAAGCCACACAGUCGUCAUUGUAUGGAUUAGGUAUUGCAUAUAAUGCCAUUGAUGGGAAUCGAGCCAACAGUUGGAAUCAGCCCUCCUGCACUCACACAAACAACGACAUGAACCCCUGGUGGCGACUGAGUCUGCCCAAAACCCACAAGGUGUUUUCUGUUAAGGUAACCAACCGAGAUGAAGUUGAAGAACGAAUCAAUGGAGCUGAGAUCCGAAUUGGAGAUUCCCUUGACAACAACGGCAACAACAAUCCCAGGUGUGCUGUGAUCCCAAGCAUCCCAGCAGGUGCUACUGCUGAAUUCCAGUGUAAUGGGAUGGAUGGCCGCUAUGUUAACAUUGUUAUCCCUGGAAGAACAGAGUACCUGACCCUGUGUGAGGUGGAGGUGUAUGGCUCUGUCCUGGAUUAGCUUUAAAAUGUACUGAACUUGCCAUAAUUCAGACAACACCAUCAUAUGUACUCAAACAAAUCAAAAUAACACAUUAAGCUAUAAAUUGAUUGUUCACUUAAAAAAUAUAAUUUUCUUAUUGUUCCAUGCCUAUUACCAUAACUGUGUUAGUCUCAGCUGCAACAAUCACGUGUGAAAUAGGCCUGCUAUAUUUAGUACAUGACAGCAGUAGUGUGUUAACUGAUCUGUUUUUAUUUCUAAUGCUGGUUUGAACUGUAUUUUAAUACUGAACUUGUGAUUGUACUGCCAUUGCCUGCUGCUGCCUAAUAUGUUAUCUUUGCUGAAGUCAAAUUAAAUCAUUAAAAGCUGGUACUCUCCACCAGCCUGUCAUUCACAUAAGAAGGCGUCUGAGCUCCACUGAAAGCAGUAAAAUCGUCUAUGGGGGGGUCACUAGAACAUUACAAAAGAACAUUAUUUUAGUCACAAAUAAUGUGUUUUUCCAUGUAAUGGGUAUUAUUUACUCCCUAUAAAAACAUUACUUUCUCUGACUACUUCAGUUUGAGUAGGAAGAGAUGUACACCUACACCAGCCUUUAAAGCAACCAUUGCUUGAUCUGGAUUUUAUUGAAAUUCUUGGAUGUGUGAAACGCUGCUUGAGCGAGCUCUAAGCUGCUGAGAUCACCUACACAAAUAUGAAUGUUUAAACUUUUGUCAAUAUGGACAUGCUACACAUUGUUAGUUUGAUUCUCCACAAUUCAGUCAAAUUGUCAAGAUCAAAUGAAUGAUUCACGAUUGAAAUGAUAGCCUCAUUUUUAUACAAGUAAUAUUCAUACUGGUUUAAAUAAACAAUCUGAUAGUA